AUGGGAGAACUUGCAGUUAUGUCAACCGCGAAACUAAAGGUGGGAGAGCAAUCUUCUGUCAAGUGCCCUAUGUUGAAUUCGGCAAAUUACACAGUAUGGGCUAUUAGGAUGAAGAAUAUACUUCAAGUUCACAAAGUAUGGAGUAUUGUCGAGAAAGAAGCAGAGGAGGAAGAUAAGAAUGCCCUAGCUAUAUCUUUACUGUUUCAUGCAAUACCGGAAGUCAUGGUGCUACAAGUCGGAGGUUUGGAUACGGCUAAGAAAGUGUGGGAUGCCAUCAAAGCUCAUCACGUCGGUGCAGAGAGAGUUAAGGAAGCGAGAUUGCAAACAUUAAUGGCCGACUUUGAUAGGUUAAAGAUGAAGGAUACGGAGAAGAUCGAUGACUUCGUCGGCAAGUUAUCUGAGAUAGCUUCGAAGACUUCUGCCCUAGGAGAAGAAAUAGAAGAAUCAAAACUUGUCAAGAAGUUUCUUAAAGGUCUUCCUCGAAAGAAGUUCAUUCAUAUGGUGGCAUCUCUUGAGCAACUUCUUGACCUAAAAACCACAGGUUUUGAAGAUAUUGUGGGACGACUCAAAGCCUAUGAGGAGCGUGUAUCGGAGGAGGAUGAAACUCAAGAAGAGCAAAACAAACUAAUGUAUUCAAAUACAGAACAACAAGCUCAUCGCGAGUUCUCUUCAAACCGUGAGUAUCAAGAUGAUAACAGAGGAUAUCGAGGACGAGGAGGACGAUCAUUCAGGGGACGAGGUCGUGGUCGAGUUGGAGGAGGUAGAGAUACUUCAAAAAUCAUGUGUUUUAGAUGUGACAAGAUGGGACAUUAUGCCUCAACCUGUCCAGACCGUCUCCUCAAGUUACAAGAAGCACAUGAACAUGAUAAAGACGACACACAGGAAGCAGAUGAGCUUAUGCUACACGAAGUCGUUUAUCUGAACAAAGAGAAGGUAAUGCCAAGUUCAUAUGAUCUCAAUAGUGGAGAAGAUAUGUGGUACCUUGACAACGAAGCAAGCAAUCACAUGUCUGGAGAUAAGCGUUAUUUUAAGAAGAUCAAUGAGGCUAUAACAGGGAAAGUAAAGUUCGGAGAUGACUCUCGAAUAGACAUCAAAGGCAAGGGUUCGAUUGAAUUCAUUGACAGAAACGGAGAAACCAGAAUCAUGAAUGAUGUCUACUAUAUUCCGAGUCUUAAAAGUAACAUUAUCAGUCUAGGACAAGCAACUGAAGCAGGGUGUGAUAUAAGAUUGAAAGGGGGAAUGCUUAACAAUGCACGACCAAGAUGGGAAGCUACUCGUUUCUGCGACAAGAUCAAAGAACCGACUUUAUAA